AUGGGCAGUGACCGGAGCGCGCCCGGACGGCCGGGCUGGGCGGGCAGUCUCCUCGGCGGCCGGGAGGCGGCUGCGCGGCCGCAACUGCUGCCGCUGCUGCUGGUGCUUCUGAGCUGCCUGGGCCGCGGCGCAGUGGCGGAGGACGCCGAAGUCAAUGCCGAGAACUGGCUGCGGCUCUACGGCUACCUGCCCCAGCCCAGCCGUCACAUGUCCACCAUGCGCUCCGCCCAGAUCCUGGCCUCGGCCCUGGCCGAGAUGCAGCGCUUCUACGGGAUCCCCGUCACUGGUGUGCUGGACGAAGAGACCAAGGCGUGGAUGAAGCGGCCCCGCUGUGGGGUGCCAGACCAGUUCGGGGUACGUGUGAAAGCCAACCUGCGGCGGCGGAGGAAGCGCUACGCCCUCACAGGAAGGAAGUGGAACAACCACCACCUUACUUUCAGCAUCCAGAACUACACAGAGAAGCUAGGCUGGUACCACUCGCUGGAGGCGGUGCGCCGGGCCUUCCGUGUGUGGGAGCAGGCCACGCCCCUGGUCUUCCAGGAGGUGCCUUAUGAGGACAUCCGGCUGCGACGGCAGAAGGAGGCGGACAUCAUGGUACUCUUUGCCUCUGGUUUCCAUGGCGACAGCUCACCAUUUGAUGGCACAGGUGGCUUUCUGGCCCACGCCUAUUUCCCUGGGCCUGGUUUGGGCGGGGAUACCCAUUUCGAUGCAGAUGAGCCCUGGACCUUCUCCAGCACUGACCUGCAUGGAAACAGCCUCUUCCUGGUAGCAGUGCACGAGCUGGGCCAUGCACUGGGGCUGGAGCACUCGAGCAACCCCAGCGCCAUCAUGGCACCAUUCUACCAGUGGAUGGACAUUGACAACUUCCAGCUGCCCGAAGACGACCUUCGGGGCAUUCAGCAGCUCUACGGCACCCCAGAUGGCCAGCCACAGCCCACCCAACCUCUUCCCACUGUGACCCCCCGGCGGCCUGGCCGGCCAGACCACCGGCCCCCCAGACCCCCUCAACCACCUCCCCCGGGUGGGAAGCCAGAGCGGCCUCCAAAGCCAGGCCCCCCACCCCAACCCCGUGCCACGGAGCGGCCCGACCAGUAUGGCCCCAACAUCUGCGACGGGGACUUCGACACGGUGGCCAUGCUGCGGGGAGAGAUGUUCGUGUUCAAGGGCCGCUGGUUCUGGCGGGUGCGGCACAACCGCGUCCUGGACAACUAUCCCAUGCCCAUUGGGCACUUCUGGCGGGGCCUGCCCAGCGACAUCAGUGCCGCCUACGAGCGCCAGGACGGGCGUUUCGUCUUUUUCAAAGGCGACCGCUACUGGCUCUUCCGAGAAGCGAACCUGGAGCCGGGUUACCCACAGCCGCUGACCAGCUAUGGCGUGGGCAUCCCCUAUGACCGCAUCGACACGGCCAUCUGGUGGGAGCCCACAGGUCACACCUUCUUCUUCCAAGAGGAUAGGUAUUGGCGCUUCAAUGAGGAAACGCAGCAUGGAGACCCCGGCUACCCCAAGCCCAUCAGCGUGUGGCAGGGGAUCCCCGCCUCCCCUAAAGGGGCCUUCCUGAGCAACGAUGCAGCCUACACCUACUUCUACAAGGGCACCAAAUACUGGAAGUUUGACAACGAGCGCCUGCGAAUGGAGCCCGGCUACCCCAAGUCCAUCCUGCGGGACUUCAUGGGCUGCCAAGAGCACGUGGAGCCGGGGCCCCGCUGGCCCGACGUGGCCCGUCCACCCUUCAACCCCGACGUGGGUGCAGAGCCCGGGGCGGGCGGUGACAGCGAGGAGGGCGAGGAGGGCGGCGAGGCGGGCCCCGGCGGCGGCGGCGGCGAGGCAGGGCCGGACGCGGAUGGGGGCAGCCGCGUGGUGGUGCAGAUGGAGGAAGUGACGCGGACGGCGAACAUGGUCAUGGUGUUGGUGCCCCCUGCGCUGCUGCUGCUCUGCAUCCUGGGCCUCACCUACGCCCUGGUGCAGAUGCAGCGCAAGGGCGCGCCCCGCAUGCUCCUCUAUUGCAAGCGCUCUCUGCAGGAGUGGGUCUGA